AUGCAGCAUAUAUUGAAAAUCAUGUGUAAAAUGAAAAAUGGUUGGAUGACGAGGAACAUGUUGGAAAAGCGUAAUAAAAAAAUAAUUUUCGAAAAAAUGUUUAACGAUUGGAAAAUAUCUUGCACGUGCACCGUCACACAUCAAAGAUAUGAAAAAAUGAAAGGAUUGAAUCGUGAGAAAAGUUCCAUUACCUUCAUAAGAUAUUUAACGAGCGAUAAAAUGAAAGGGGAUGAUAAAAAUGGCGGGAGAGGAAUCGGAAAUGAUGAUAAAAUUCUUAUGGAAAAAAUAAUUAGAAUGACCGGAAAUGAUGAGGAAAGACAACGCGAUGGAAACGCUGCUGCAAAAAUAUCAUUUAAAAAUGCCAAAAGAAAAAUGAAAGAAAAGGGAAAAAUAAUAAUUCAAGAUAUAAAAGACACUAAAAAUAAAAUGAAAGAAAAAUUCGAAGGAGUUAUCGAGAGGGAAAACGUGUACACGAUACCGAAUCUCAUAUGCGUGACGAGAAUAGGAUUAUCACCUCUUCUAGGGUAUUUGAUAAUAUCGGAAAAUUUCGAAUAUGCUCUUGCUUUCAUGGUAAUAGCCGGAAUCUCUGAUUGGAUAGAUGGUUGGGUUGCUAGAAAUUAUAAAAGUCAAAGUUCAAAAAUUGGAAGUUUCCUAGAUCCAAUGGCUGACAAAGUUCUUAUCGGAACGUUAUUUUUAAGUCUGACAUAUGUUUCACUAAUACCAGUUGCUCUCACGGCUUUGGUUAUAUUCAGGGACGUUAUUUUAAUAACAUCGGGUUUCGUUAUAAGAUAUCAAUCGUUACCGCCGCCGAGAACAUUAAGCCGUUAUUUUGACGUGACACAUGCGACCGCUCAAUUGGCACCCACGUUCAUAAGUAAAGUAAAUACCGGAGUGCAAUUGGUUUUGGUGGGUACGACGUUAGCCGCUCCCAUUUUCGGAUACGUCGACCAUGUUUUUCUUCAAAUAAUGUGUUACGUCACGGCGGGUUCCACGAUCAUGGCCGCCGGUAGUUAUUUAACAUCAAAGGAAACUUAUAAAUUUUUGAAAAGUCAAAAGAAAUUAUAA